CUAAAUUUUCCUGUAAUCUUGAUAUACAACCGGUCUUCCCCUUCGCUCUCCUUUCGCUGGCAGCGAGGACUGAACAAAAUUCGUCGUGUCCUGUAUCAUUGAUUAGCUUGAUGGAAGAAGAAACCCUAGAAAGCUCUUAUCACCCCUCUUUCCAAUGCUGCGUAUGCCUGGAUCUACUCUUCAAGCCUGUUGUUCUUGCAUGUGGUCAUAUGUCAUGCUUUUGGUGCGUGCAUAAGGCUAUGCAUGUCUUCCGAGCAUCCCAUUGUGCUAUAUGCAGGCAGCCCUACAUUCAUUUCCCUAGCAUAUGCCAGCUGCUUCACCUUUUGGUCUCGAAAAUGGAACCUGUAGCAUAUAAACGAAGGGAAAAAGAAGUCCUAGUGGAAGAGAGUCGCCUUGAUAUCUUCUCACCCCAAUUUAAUUCUUUAGCCUCUGAGAGCGGUCAAUCUGAUGGCAAUGGUUCAAUUGCUAAAAGAAAUGUUGUUGAUUCCUUUGUGAAUCAUGAAUACAUUAGAACUAAUAUUUCAGAAAAAGUUGGUUUACAAAAAAAAGGUUCUUUGGAUAUUUCUAAGGAGGAUGUUCUCUGCGCUCUGUGCCAGGACUUGCUAUUCCGGCCAACCGUGCUUAAUUGUGGUCAUGUGUUUUGUGAGUCUUGUUUGGCCACAAUAGGCAGUGAAGCUCUUAAAUGCCACGUUUGCCAAAGCAUACAUCCUGGAGAAUUUCCAAAAAUUUGUUUGGAUCUUGACCAUGUCUUGGAAGAACAGUUUCCAAAUGAGUAUACUACAAGAAGAGAGAGAUUAAAACAGCUUGAGAAAGUAAUGCUUCCUCGUGGAGGGCCAUCAUCGACAGGUGUUUCCCGCAACCAUAUCAGCAGGGGUGGCCAUCUCUGGCUGGAUGAAGACCUGCCAAAAGCCAAUGUUGGAGUUGGCUGCGAUUCUUGUGGGAUGUACCCUAUUAUUGGCAAAAGAUACAAAUGCAAAGAUUGCAAAGAAGCAAUUGGUUUUGAUCUGUGUGAAUCUUGCUAUAAUACCAGUUCUAAGCUUCCAGGCAGAUUUAACCAGCAACAUAAACCAGACCAUCGGUUCGAACUUGAUGAUUCGCAUAUGUUAUACAAUAUUCUGCUGCAAAAAUCUUUAUCAAUGGAAGAACCAUAUCAGGAUCUCUAUGAAGAUCACGUUUCUGUCGAUGAAACUGUCCAAAAUGAGAAUAUUGAUAGCAAUAAUCACACUGAAAAUGGAAACGCGUAGAUAGAAUGAGGAUUGAUAUAUGAUGAAGAAAUGAAUCAGAGAGGAGAAACGAUCACCCCUUUAUACUUCUGGAAUGCAGAAAUGAUGUAAUUAUACAGCUUCUUGUCCUGCUGGUCUGUUCAUCUAACCUUAAAGCGACAUCAUUUGAUACAAUGUUAAUAUAUAGAUUGAGAAAUGCAAAAGAAAGUUAUGUAUAUCGAUUCUCCCUUUUUAAGUACUUCUAGUUCUCUCUUUCAAAUCUUUGUGUACUUCUUUCUAUUUACACCAUACAAAGUGCUGCACAUACUGAAUCCUUUAUUUAUCUUCCUCUAUGAUAUGAAAUAUGAAUUCCUGAUGAUUGAGCAAAA